AUGGAUUCACCUACUUCAUUUGUAAACCUCCUAACCUCACAACAAGACAAAUCUUACACUUUUCCUGAAACAAUUGACCUUGGAUCAUCAGAAAUCCCUCGGUUUAGUAGCCAGGGUUCUGAUGAUCCAAACUUAACUGGUGAAGAUGGAAACCGAAGUGGACACCGAAGGAGGCUUUGGACACCGAAGGAGGACGUGGUGCUCUUCUCUGCGUGGUUGAACACCAGCAAAGACCCCGUGGUGGGACUGACUGGGGAAAAUUCUAGACCAAAAAGUACUUGCAAGCAACGUUGGGGGAGGCUGAACGAUCAGGUCUGCAAAUUUGUGGGCUGUUAUGAAGCCGCAUUGAAGGAUCAAAGAAGUGGACAGAGCGAGAAUGAUAUAAUGAAGGCUGCACAUGAUAUUUUCUUCAACGAUCAUGGUGUCAAGUUCACGCUUGAUCACGCAUGGCGCGAGCUACGCCAUGAUCAGAAAUGGUGCUCUGAGUCUUUAACAAAGGAUAUUGACAAGGCUAAAAGGAGAAAGACGUGUGAGUCUUCGGAUGAGCCAUCGACCAUCAAUCUUGAAGAGGAAGUUCCGGAGGCACGUCCAAUCGGUGUCAAGGCUGCGAAAGCCAAGGCUAAGAAGCCAACCGCUGGUAACGAGAAAGGGAAGCCGGUUGUGGAUAUAGGAGGUAUAUUGGAAAUGAAGGCCAAAGACAUGGAGUUGAGGAACAAGUUAUCAAACAAGAGGUUACUAGAGUUUCUUCUAGGAAAAAAAGAAUCGCUAACUGAGGUAGAAGAGGCUCUAAAGAACAAACUGAUAAACGAACUGUUGGAAUAA